AUGUCGUCAUCUUCCGCCGAGCAGAGAAGCGAUCUCGAAGAGGAGCAGGUCGAUCAGGAGAAGCCUCAGCGCAAGACAAAGACCAAGAAGUCCAAGGGCGAGCGACGCAAGCGACGUGCCCGAUUCGACGACUACGAUGACGAGCAGGAUAACAACCAAAUGUCCCAAAACAACUUCAACGCCCAGCAACAACAGAUGCAGCAGCAACAACAACAGCAGCAGCAGCAGCAGCAGAUGCAACAGCAGGGUGGUGGUGGCGGUGGAAAGAGUGAUGCUCUCAGUCUGCAUCUCGAGUUGAACCUCGAGAUUGAGAUUCAGCUCAAGGCAAGAAUCCAUGGUGAUCUUACCCUGUGCCUACUGUAA